GUCAUCAUCAUCCUACUACUUCAUCGCCUUCGUAUCUGUCGCUGCUCUUCACGCCGUCAUCGAGGCUAGAUUCAGCCUCUGCUUCGCGGCGCCUAGUCACGGUUUCUCUGGCCUCUUGUCUCACGCAUACGUAACGACUACUCUACGGUGCUUUCCUCUUCUUCAACGUAUGGCCAGACUGUGAUUGCGAUUUCAUACCCUCAUCUUCCUUAGGGCAGCUUUUGGCGAAGGCAGCAUCGGAUGCGACUUCUGAUUCUUCGCAGCAGCUGCUGCAUCCUCUUUGCUGUGCUCUUUGUCUUUGCUGUCACAAAUGAGACAACAGCGAAAGAGCUAACAUGGAGCAAUGUGGCAAGCAGAGCAGCGGGUGGUAGUCAUAGACCAGUGAAACAGCUUGGCAAGCGUCGCCUGCCAGCUUUGGAAGUAGUGGAAGGUCUUCAGGCGAGGGCAGAGUACACAAAUGGAAAGAAGUCCCUCUGGCGUUCAGCUUCCACGGUAGCGCGUUCGCUCAAGGAGAAGUUCGCCAGAGACUCUCCACCCAUGAGGACAAUGGUGAAGCGGGACCAAGUCAGCGACUUCUGUUCACGAUUCUCUACCAACUGCACAAAUUACUGUAAAAAGUUGAAUCUGACCAGUAAGAGCUACCUGUGCAGUCAAGCAUCCAGCACAUCUUCAGCACUUGGCCUCAAUGUCCGGUGUAAGUGCGGCACGACAGAUUACACGGCGAACGUUUUACUCAAUCAGGCCCCCAGUGGAGCAGUGAAGAUUGCAGCGACUGCACAGGCCACUACGGUCCAGACCGUUACGAAGACAUCCACAAUUAGAGCGACGUCCUCGAUCUGCAAAACAAUUUCGACGACUACAACGUUGCCUGGCACAACCACCACUACGACCACAAGCACCACGCUGCCCACCAUCACCUCGACUAUCAUCUCACGCUCGACGUUGUCCCCCACGACUGGCACGACAACACGACUGACGACGGUCACUUCUACAGUAGUAGUCACCAAUGGGGCAACGGCAGGAGCGGUCACCUCGACUACCACCAUCUAUACUACGGCGUAUUCGACGACUGUGCAAGUUGUGGCCCAAGGUGGUAACAGCGCCGCUGUGAUCAGCUCCUCGAGCAAAGCAAAGACCAGUAGCACGAGCACCAAAAAGACGACUUCCAGCUCGAAGAAGACGACGUCCACAAAGAAGACGACAUCGAGCACCAAGAAGUCGACUGCUACGGCCAAGGCUCGUGACCUGGACGAGGACGAGGAUGAGGAAGUCGAGCUGCAUCAGCUGGGCAAGAGGGCAGCGACCUUCUGCCAGGCAUACUUGAGUGCUUGCAAUACUGCCUGUGUAGGUCACAACGGACCUUCGACCAGCAAAUGUACGGUGGCGAGCACGAAUAGCUACAGUCUGUCGUGUAUCUGCAAGGACGGUACAUCAGAGUCGCGCAAGGCGCUGAAUGUGGCUCAGGCCGACGUAAGCUCUACAACCACUCAAACCAUGACCAACACUGUCACGACAGUGCGUUACACCACGGCGUCUACGACUGUCCGCACCACCACUACCACCACGGCCACUGUCGAUGGACCUCAGGAGACAGAUACCUUCACCCAGUUCCUUCAAUAUAUCACUGCCACCACUACCACUACCACUCGGCCGGCAACGACUACCUACUGGCGCACAGUAACGUCCACAAUUGGGGCGCUGACCACUACCACGUCGACUUCUACUACCACUCCAAAGGUUGUGAACACUUUGUACAAGACGACUACUGUCAUCUCAACAAAGACCUCAACGAGCACCAAGGCUACCACCACUAGCACGACCUCGAGUACCCAGACGACGUCCACCAGUACUGUCAGCACCGAUUCGGCGGGUCCCAGCCAGAUUCAAGUGAGGGACUAUACCUCUUCGAGCGUCUAUGGUCUGCUAUCUGCUUCUCAAGAUGAAGAUGCCUACGCCUUCUUGCUGGAUUCUACCUCUCAGGAUGGCAUGUUCGUCAACGUCAUCGCCUCGACGGUCAGCUCUUCCAUUUCGGGCCUGGUAGGUCUGCAGAUGAACGAUACGUCCGACUAUGGUUCUUUCAACUACGUCGGUUUCGAGGUGCAAGACCUUUCUGACACUGGUGUGCAACCCAACAUGCUCGAGUAUCUGCUCUUGACCGAUACGGCUCCUGUCAGUACGACAUCCUACCCCAGCACCUCGAAUAGCGACACGGGCUACUUUGCCGCCGAGGCCUUUGUGUGGACAAAGAGCACCAGUGGUAAGCUCACGCCCUACUGGACCAACCCUUCGGGAAGCAGCACAGCGACGGCUACCAUGCAGAUGUUUAUGCUGUGCUCUGGAAGUGGGUACAGUGACUGCUUUGUCAGUGCGGCGUACAACUCUACUACGUGGACCAACUUUGAUACCUCAGGUGUCACCAUCACCCGAGUUCAACUGGUCGUCGUCUAGAUGGAUGAAUCGACAAGACCAGCAGGAUGAGCGAAGAAGACAACAAGGCAGCUUGCAGCGAAAACAAAUAGACAGCCCUCCCUCCGCGACAUCUGUAGCGCAAGCGCUAACGCUCAGGAGGCGCUUCUAAAGGGGCCCUCCCCCCUCACACAGAUACACACUCC